AAGUAUCUCUGUUUGUUGCGGCCACAGGAAACUGUUAAAUUGUAAAUAUGUGGAUUAUUUUUAUUACUAUUUGUCUUUUUCGGAGCACGGCACAGCAGGAGUGUCUAUCCUGUGAUGAAGCAAUAUCGGUGAACAGUCGAGAAACAAGAGGGACAAGCGACAAUUCAGGCGAUGUGUGCAUGGACCCAGGAACACCAGGUGACGCCAAACAAAUAGCAUCAAGCUAUGACAUUGGUGCAACACUUAGCUAUGCAUGCAAAAGAACCGGUUUUAAACCAACAGGGCCAGAAAACUACACCUGUGAAAAUAUAGGUGGUUCCGCAAUAUGGUCAGACAAUCUGGACAGGGUUCUUCCUACAUGCAAAGACAUCCAAAAACCGAUUUUCAAUGCAUGCCAGACAGAACGACAGACUGCGUUUAAAAUGCAAUCCGCAGAAAUUAAUGUUCCGACAUUUAGUGACAACUUUGCAAUUAGAAGUGUUUCUAAAACAGGCUUCGCUCACCCUGGGGAUGUUUUGACAUCGAAUGAAGAAGUUGUGUACACGGCGAAUGAUUUUAAUGGAAAUUCAGCGACUUGCUCUAUUUACAUUGUAGUUUCAGAGCGCGCGAAACCCAUGGCUGAUUGCCCGUCUAAGAAAAUCACCAGUGUCGUCGAUAGGACUGAAACUGUGUACAAUGUGAGAGAUUGGAAAACACGAUUUUACCAGGAGGUGGACGCUCACACAACAGAGCUUUUAUUCAGCGUGCCAGAAUCUGUGACCACAUACAUAAGCAAAAUAGGGGCUUCGGAAGAAAUCGUGGUAACCGUAGGGUUUACAUACGGGGCUAAUGUGGGCGAAGAGGCACAAUUAUUCCGUUACUCACUUAUGCCCCCUUCCUCAGAGCGUAAACAGAUAUCAUUUUGUGGCGUUUUGCUUAAGCUUUAA